CAAAUGUGCCUAACUUUCUCUUUCAUGUACUUGGCUUGCAUUUCUGUAUAUUAUUUAUAAAAGCUCUUGAAGGACAAUAAAUCAAACAAGAAGAAAUUCAGUCUAUGACAUUCUGCGAAUCUCCUUCCUUCCUUCUCUCUUUUUCUCUAUACCAUUAUAUUCUCUGACCAUUUAUUGCUAUUUUAAUGGCUUCUUUUAAUUGUUUCUGUUUUAUUUUGGCUUUGUUUUUAUUGCAGUAUGCACCAUGUUUAGUUACAAGUCGUUCUAUUUUCAGGUACAGGCUCAACUCUGUUAAUGCUACUGGCUCAAACAACUCCACCAAGCACCACCAAAAAUGGGUUGGACCCGUCGGCCACCGUGUCAUCACCGUCGAUGUUAAUGGGUACGGCGAGUUUCGGUCUGUCCAAGCUGCCGUUGAUUCUGUUCCGGAGAAUAAUACAGAAAAUGUGAUGUUAUUAAUUAGCGCUGGCUAUUACAUAGAGAAGGUGGUGGUGCCGGUGACAAAACCAUACAUAACGUUUCAAGGAGAAGGAAGAGACGUGACCUUCAUCGAAUGGCAUGAUAGAGCAAGCGAUCCUGGUCCCAAUGGACAGCAGCUACGUACUUACAGAACAGCUUCUGUUACUGUUUUUGCCAGUUAUUUCUCUGCUAGAAACAUCAGCUUCAAGAAUACAGCACCGGCACCAAUGCCCGGAAUGCAAGGGUGGCAAGCGGCGGCCUUUAGAAUAUCCGGUGAUAAGGCCUACUUCUCAGGCUGUGGAUUCUACGGUGCACAAGACACUCUCUGUGAUGAUGCUGGCAGACAUUACUUCAAGGAAUGCUAUAUUGAAGGCUCUAUUGACUUCAUUUUUGGAAAUGGCCGCUCCAUGUACAAAAACUGCGAGCUACAUUCAAUAGCUACUAGAUUUGGAUCCAUUGCGGCCCAAGAUAGAAACUCUCCAGAUGAGAAAACAGGCUUUGCUUUUCUUGGCUGUAGAGUAACGGGAACUGGCCCAUUGUAUGUGGGCCGGGCUAUGGGCCAGUACUCAAGGAUAGUAUAUUCUUACACUUACUUUGAUGACCUGGUUGCACACGGUGGCUGGGAUGAUUGGGACCACGUCAGCAACAAAAACAAGACCGCGUUUUUUGGAGUGUACAGAUGCUACGGGCCAGGAGCCGCAAAAGUGAGAGGUGUUUCAUGGGCAAGAGAGUUGGAUUUUGAAUCAGCCCACAAGUUCCUAGCAAAGAGCUUUGUAAAUGGGAGGCACUGGAUCGCACCCUCUGAUGCUUAGCCACACGAUUUUAGCAAUUUUCUUUUUGAGCAUUCAUUCAUAUAUAUGUAUAAUAAAUAUAUUCUUUUUACAGAUUUCAUUCAUUGAUUCAAUUGCAAUAAAGCUUCUUGUUUCAAUAAUUUUCUUUCA